AUGGCUGAUCACAAAAACAAAGAAGAUAAGCCAUUCUCGUUCCUAACUCAUUCACCAUCCUUUGAUCACAGCUCCUUAAGUUAUCCUCUAUUUGACUGGGAAGAAGAUCUUCUUGCUCUCCACGAAAGCUCUGCCUCUCAAUCUUUUCCUUUGACUACAACUUCUCUGCCAUUACCUGAUCUUGAACCUUUGUCUGAAGAGGUGUCAUGGGUCUUGUUUUGUUCUGUAGAUGUACUCAAUUCAUACAGCUCUGGAUCAUGGAACGGAACAGAGCAUAACAGAGGAUAUGGUGCUUCAUCGGAAAAGAAGACUAAACAUGGAGCAGUGCAAGAGACGACAAAGAAGAGGAAACUUAACGAGAGACGCAGAGAAAAUAGCGUCAGAAUCAUCAGCGACAUUACUACUACCUACACGACUUGUCCAGCUUCAAAGGCAUUGUCAAUGGAAACUGUCUCUCGCUACUUCUAUAUGCCUAUAACUCAGGCUGCUAUAGAGCUCAACGUUGGUUUAACUCUUCUGAAAAGAAGAUGUCGUGAAUUGGGUAUUCGAAGAUGGCCUCAUCGCAAACUCAUGAGCCUAAAAACUUUAAUAAGUAACGUCAAGGAGCUGCAGAAGAUGGAAGGCGAAGAGAAUGCAGGGAAACUGCAGAACGCGUUGGAAAUGCUGGAGAAGGAGAAAAGGACGAUUGAGGAGUUACCAGAUUUGGAGUUUGAGGACAAGACGAAAAGGCUGAGACAAGCUUGUUUCAAAGCUAAUCACAAGAGGAAGAAGAAGAGAAGUCACAAGUCCGAUCAGGCUCAUAUAGCUUCGUGUUUAAGCAGCGGAUCAGUCGCUAGUGAUGAGUCGGUUAAUGAUGCAGUAAUGGAGGAGAGUGAUGAAGAGGUCAAGUAUCUCUUGUGUGGUUUCUCAAAUGAGUAAAGCCAAAUGCUUUUUGACUAAUUCAAUAAACAAAAAAAAAACAUAAAAUAUGAUACUGAAUAAUACCACCAUUGAAGAGCAACAACAUUAGUGUACUGUAGAUGCUACUAACAAA